GGCGUUGCGGUUACAUUACAUGGAAUACCGGAGAGCGAAAAAACAACACAAGAAGAAAGAAUCCACAAAAAAAAAGAAGCAGACAAGAACAGAGUAAUUUUUAAUGCCCCGCCAACCAGCGACGACAAAAAAUAAGAAUGGAAUUCGGAUACCGCCGAUUUAUACUACAAAUCUGCGGCAGGGGAACAUACACACUCGGUACAUAUACGAUCAGGGGCGGAGAACUUAUACACUGGCGGCUGCCCCUGCGGGAUGUCAAAUGGCGUUUGGAUGCGAUUUGCUUUUAGGCAUCGCCAUUUAUCAUGAUUUUUCUUCUUUUUCAAUUUUUCAUUUUCAUUUUCUCUUUACUUCACGUCUUUUCCUUUAUUUGUCCUGACAUUACCAGCCGUUGGCAAUGCAGAGACACAUUCUAUACAAGGUGGCAAGAUACACGAAUGGCGCCUUGGUUGACUUAGCUUCAUUG